UAAUAGGAUAGCAGUCGAGCUAAUCAAUUAAGUAUAUAUAAGCCCUACCACAGUCUCUCUCAUCCUCUCUCCCUCUUAAACGUGAAGCUCCCGCCCCGCUCUUCAGUUUCGUUUUCCAGCCGCAGAAGACCCGUUCACCUGUCCAGUCCUUUCUCUCCGGCGACUGUUCUUACUCCCCGACAGCGCGCAGUUCGCAACAGCAAGCAUCCGAGCGGCUUGUUCUCCCCCUCCCGCGACUGUUCGUCGUUCACCUCAGUGUAGCGGCGCGACUUCUCCCUUCCCGGCGACGUAUCUGGCGAAUUGACUCUCAGAGGCGUGUUUUCUGGCAUCUGUGACGAUUUUCUGCGGCAUACACGUUUUCGGCAAGUAUAGCGACGUUUUACUUCGUCUCGACAAGGAUUAAGCUUAUUGGAACUCCAAAUAGGAAGCAUUUGACGCCGUUUGGCUGCUUUCAGUAGGAUCAGAAGUCGGGGAUGACGAUUGACAUUGCCCGGCACGAUAGUGGGCUCUACUUCCUUUUUUACGAUGCUUCUUCUAGGGAGGAUCACAACACUGGUUUUAUGUCUUUAAAGUUUUCUACUUCUGAAAAUGACUUUAUGUUAUGACAUUAUCGUUUAGGACAUCCGAACUUUCAGUAUAUGAAAUAUUUAUUUUCGCAUUUAUUCCGCAAUAUUAAUAUAGCGUCUCUAAAUUGUGAUGUAUGCAUUUGUGCCAAACAAAGCCGUAUUUUGUUUCAUUCUCAACCUUAUAAGCCAUUCAGUCCCUUCUCCCUCAUUCAUAGUGAUGUCUGGGGACCAUCACCAACUACUACCUCUACUGGUAAAUGUUGGUUCGUCACCUUCAUAGACGACCAUACACACCUUACUUGGGUGUUCUUACUUGCCGAUAAGUCAGAGGUGUUUUCUACCUUUAAACAAUUUUAUACCAUGGUUGAAAUCCAGUUCCAUGCCAAAAUUGGGAUUUUGAGGAGUGAUAAUGGACGAGAGUUCUUUAACUACUCUUUCCAUGACUUUCUUGUGUCUAAGGGAAUUGUCCACCAGAACUCGUGUGCUUAUACUCCCCAACAAAAUGGAGUAACCAAGCGUAAAAAUCGCCAUCUGGUGGAGGUUGCCCGGUCUUUAAUGUUGUCUGCCACUCUUCCGUCCUACUUGUGGGGGGAUGCCAUUCUUACAGCGGCUCACCUCAUCAAUCGUAUGCCUUCUCGUUUUCAUGACUUUCAUAAUCCCUUGGACCUUUUCAAAGAAUCCUUUCAAACUACUCGCCUGAUUUCUGAUGUACCCCUCCAUGUCUUCGGCUGUGUCGCGUUUGUCCACUCCCAUGGCCCAAAUCGUACAAAAUUCCACCCUUGUGCUCAAAAAUGUGUUUUUGUUGGGUACCCUCUUCACCAACGUGGGUAUAAAUGCUAUCAUCCGUCCUCUCGAAAAUUCUUUGUCUCCAUGGACAUUACUUUCAUUGAAGACCAGCCUUUCUUCCCCGUUAGUCAUCUUCAGGGGGAGAACCUAAGUGAAGAGCCUAACUGGUCCACCUAUGAUAUUCCCUUAGGGGAUUCCACCUUGAUUCCUUCUACUAGUUUUGAAAAAGUUUGUCCUGUCCUCCCUAUCAACUAGAUUCCUUGGAUAACCUACUAUAGGAAGAAUCGUAGAAAGGAAGAAUUGCCACCUAUUGAUUAGCCGGCUCCGGUCCAGGAAUCAGACCUUGCAUCUAGUUCAGGUACGUGUAUUCCUGAAACUAAUGAUGUUGAUAUAUGUAUGGAGACUGACAAGUGCAAGGAAGAAAAGGAUGAAGGAGGUGGAGGUGGCAAUACUGAAUAUGUGACAGAUGAAGAAACAGCUAAGAGUGAUAAUAGUAAAGGGAAAAGCCCUGCUGUUGACAAGGAAGUGGAAGAUACUACUGAAAGUCUUGAUUUACAGGUGACCAGUCAUGCUGAGAAACCAAAAGAGGUGAAAAAUCAUGAUGCCUCUCUCGAUCUUCCAAUAGCACUAAGGAAAGGUACUCGUUCAUGCGUAAAGUAUUCUAUGCACAGCUACAUGACAUGUAAUAAUUUGUCUCCUGAAUUUAAAGCUUUUACUACAAGCUUGGACGGUCCCAAGCAGUAUUCGUGAAGCAAUGGAGAACUCUGAAUGGAAAAUGGCUGUUAUGGAAGAAAUGAGGACGCUUGAGAAAAAUGGCACAUGGGAACAGGUGCCUUUACCUGAAGAGGCACAAGACAGUUGGAUGCAAAUGGGUAUUCACUGUAAAAUACAAAUCAGAUGGGACAAUUGAUCGAUAUAAGGCCAGACUUGUUGCUAAAGGUUUCACCCAGACUUACGGAGUUGAUUACUCUGAAACGUUCUCUCCCAUAGCCAAACUCAAUACUAUUCGGGUUUUGUUGUCAAUUGCUGUAAACAAAGAUUGGCCACUGCAUCAGUUGGACGUUAAAAAUGCGUUUUUUAAUAGAGAACUUGAAGAGGAAGUCUAUAUGAGCCCGCCUCUAGGAUUCGAGAGUCAGUUCAAGCACAGAGUUUUACAGACUGAAAAAAUCCUCAUAUGGACUGAAACAGUCCCCAAGGGCUUGGUUUGAUAGGUUCACCACAUUUGUUAAAGCACAGGGGUACAACCAAGGGCAUUCAGAUCAUACACUAUUUACGAAACGGUCUGACUCCGGGAAGAUUGCCGUCCUCAUAGUGUAUGUCGAUGAUAUUGUUCUGUCCGGCGAUGAUGAGAAUGAAAUUAUGAGGCUUAAAACGAGAAUGGCCAGAGAAUUUGAAAUUAAAGACCUUGGUAAGCUGAGAUACUUUCUGGGAAUGGAGGUGGCUCGAUCAAGAGAAGGUAUUUCAGUGUCGCAAAGGAAAUAUACACUUGACUUGCUCAAAGAAACAGGCAUGACUGGUUGUAAACCUGCUGACACACCUGUGGAGUAUAAUGCAAAACUUGGUGUUACAAACAACGGAGUUCCUGUUAGUAAGAAAAAGGUACUAGAGGUUGGUUGGGAAGUUGAUCUACCUGUCCCAUACAAGUAAGGGUCUAAUGUUCAGGAAGUCUGGGAAAAGGACUAUUGAAGCCUACAUAGAUUCUGAUUGGGCAGGCUCUGUCAUUGAUAGAAAGUCGACCUCUGGAUAUUGCACCUUUGUCUGGGGUAACCUUGUCACCUGGCGAAGUAAGAAACAGGGAGUGGUGGCUAGGAGUAGUGCUGAAGCUGAGUACAGUGCAAUAAGUUUAGGGAUAUGUGAAGAAAUCUAGUUAAAUAAGGUGUUGACUGAUCUUUACUAAGACAGGGAUCUUCCAAUGAAGUUGUUUUGUGAUAAUAAAGCUACAAUAAGCAUCGCAAAUAACCCAGUUCAGCAUGACAGAACCAAACAUGUAGAGAUCGACAGACACUUCAUUAAAGAAAGACUGGAUAAUGGGAGCAUUUGUAUCCCCUGUAUCCCUUCUAAUCAACAAGUGGCAGAUGUUCUCACCAAGGGGCUACUGAGACCUAAUUUUGAUUGUUGUCUUAGCAAGUUGGGUCUUAUUGAUAUUUAUGCACCAACUUGAGGAGGAGUGUUGAAAAUAGGGUUUUUACCCUAGGGGUAUUUUUGUAAUUGUCUCUAUUUAUUCACCUUGUUCUCUUGUAUUCAGUGUAUCAAUUAAGAAUAAUAAGAAGAGAUCUGUAUCGUGGUUUUUCUCCCUGUUUGUCUUGUGCUUGUUGCGUGCUAGUAGGAUUAGGAUUCUACCUUAGAAUUAGGUUAGUGUCCUUGAACUUUAGUUUGCCAGUGAGUUGGUUGAGUGACUGUGCCCCUUGAACACAUGUCUCUUCUUUCAGCUUCCAUUUGAUAGGCUUGUUUGUUUAGGCUUAACAAAUUAAUAAGUUGGUCCAACAAGUCAUCUGGACUUCAUCCCAUAAUAUGGGGUCGGCAUCAAAAAGGGAGAGAAAAUCACAAGCAACUGAUAGUGGGUCUGAAGAUUAUGAAGACAUGGAUGAUUUUGAACUUCCUGUUGGGGAAGAGGAAUACUUUAGUGACGAAAAUGACAAUUCAGAGAAUGGAGAAGAAAUGGAAGAGGAUGAGGAAGAAGAAGCUGAAGACGAUGAGGAUGAAGAACAAUUAGAAGAGGAAGAUGGAGGGGAGGAGGACCGUAAAGAUGCCGAGAUUGAGGAACUUGAGAAAGAAUAUAUGGAUCUUCGUCACCAGGAGCAAGACAUUUUGAAGAAUUUGAAGCAACAUAAGGAUGAAGAUUUUCUUAAAGGUCAAGCCGUAAAGAAUCAAAGGGCUUUGUGGGACAAAAGUCUUGAGCUUAGAUUUUUGCUUCAGAAGGCAUUCUCCAACUCAAAUAGAUUGCCAAAGGAGCCAAUUAAGUCCUCAUUUUGUGAAUUAGACAAGGGUGUUGAGGUGGCAUAUUCAGAUUUGAUUACAUCAUCAAAGAACACUUUGAAUUCUUUAUGGGAACUGCAAGAGGCUUUACUUGAAAAUAAUAAGCAUAUCGUUCAAGCCACCGAUGGAGGAACUGCAAAGCUUUUGGAGUCUUCCAGAAUCUCAAAUACUCAAAAUGAAAAUGAUGAAGAUUGGUUCCGAGUUGCUCAGAUGCAUCAGAGGAUAGGGGCUUUCAGGGACAAGUCAAUUGACAAAUGGCAUAGGAAAACACAAGUCACAACAGGUGCUGCAGCUAUUAAAGGCAAAUUGCAGGCCUUCAAUCAGAAUAUCAGCGAACAGGUAGCUGCAUAUAUGAGAGAUCCAAGUAGGAUGCUUAAUCAAAUGCAGCUUAGGAGAUCAACUGUACACGUAUUUGGAAUGGUUCUUGACGAUAGCAAGAGCAAGGGGCAGGAAGCACAAGCUGAAGGAGGUGAUGCUGAACUUCUGGACGACUCUGAAUUCUAUCAGCAAUUGUUGAAGGAGUUCUUUGAGACAAUUGAUCCAAAUUCAUCUGAGACAGCGUUUUAUGCAUUGAAAAAGUUGCAAACAAAGAAGAGAAAGAUAGUCGAUCGGCGAGCCUCGAAGAGUCGGAAGAUAAGAUACACUAUCCACGAAAAGAUAGUGAACUUCAUGACUCCUAUGCCUGUGGAUCUUCACCAAGCCACUCCCAAACUAGUCAACAACAUCUUUGGUUUGAAACUCCACAAGUCAACUACGACCACAGCCGUUUAGUACAUCUAUUUGUAUUUCGCCCCCACUUUUUUGGAUUUUUUGUCAUUUUACUUGUUUGUUUAUCGAGCUCCUUCGGUCUUUACACCACCAUUUCAAGGUUCUUGAGUUAUUGCAACUUUAAUCUUAAUGCGUUCCUUGAAUUGGACAGUUUUGUUUACGUGUUGAAAUAUCAAUUAUACACCUAUUUUGCCUAUUUGUUUA